GGGGCCUGUCACGCCUUCGAGCGGGAGUGGGUGGAGUGCGGGCACGGCCUGGGCCAGACUCGCGCCCGCCGCGAGUGCCAGCCCGAGUACGAGGACUUCAUGGAGUGCAUGCACCGCACCAAGCUGGCUGCGCGGCUGAAAACCAUCCUCGAGCAGAGGGACAAGAUGAUCAAGGAAGGGAAGUACACGCCGCCUGACUACCACGCAGGCAAAGAGGAGCCGCGGCCUUGA